AUUAGUAAUUGUGGAUUCUCCAGGCAUCGGUGAAAGUGAGGUUAUGGAUUCUGUGAUUGGAAACUUUGUUUCCACCAAUGAAAUUAUGGGAUUUAUUUACCUCAUCAAAUCAGACAGCGCAGGAGGUGUUGAUGAGGAUAAGCUGGGUGCUCUCUUACGCCUUAUUUUGGAAAAUCAGAAAAAGAUCUCAAACCAGUCAGGCUUGCCGUUUGAUCCCAGUUGUGCCAUCUUCAUUUGCAACCUUUGGGAUCUUGUAAACAAAGAAGAACAGCCAAAGGUGUUUGACUACGCAUGCUCACGUCUCCAUAAAUACUGGACAAAUCUCUCACGGUCACAAGUUUUGCGAUUUUCUGCAAAGAAAGCAAAUAGAGAGCUCUCCGUCAGCAGGAAAUUUAUAACAGACGAUUAUAUGAAAUUGUUGAUGGCAAUUCAAGAACUGCACUCUAAAGCGAUGGAAAGAAGAAUUCACUCAACAUUUAAGUGGAUAGACAGAUUAUUAACAAGAGGGAUUCAUCACAGUAAGACAAUAGUCAGACAAGUAAACAGCGAUGAAAAUCUGGGGAAUGAAAAGAUUCAAGAACUAUCUCAAAAAUUAGAAAUUUUGAAAAACAAUUCCAACUCCAUUGUGACCAAUCUCAGAUCAAAAGUAGAUGAAACUGCGACGGAGAUUUGCAAAAACUAUCGCGAAUAUUUACAAUUACCCCAAACACGAUCGCGAAUCACUAAUUGGAUUGAAUCAGAAAUACCAAAAUCAGAAUCUUGGGAGGAGAUCAAAGAACAAAUUGAAGACAUUACAGCAGAUCGAAUUUCUCUCGAGCUGAAGGAAUGGGAUGAAGAGAAAAAUUGGGUUAAAGGGCUUGAAGAUGAACUUUAUCAAGAGGUCAAGGAGGAAUUUCGUGGACUGGAAAACCAAAUCGGGAUGAUUGAACAAGACAUAAGCAUAUCAAGGAGCUCCAAUGAUAAUGAAGACUUACGUUCAACCCUUGGUCAUAGGAAAAGUAAACUCACUCUCAGAAGAAUGUCUACACUAAGUUUAAGUAGUAUGAAUGUAUACUUAUCUUCUACUUCCUCACAAAGCGCGGAGGAAGAAUUGAUGCCUUUGAAUGUAUCUGUCCUUGCAAGAUACAUCUCUCCAAUCAAGAAUAUAGCCCGUAAUUUCAAAAUGAAGUUUCGCGGAUCAAUUAUCUAUGAUUCGGUGGUUGUUAGCAGAAAGAUGCAGGCAUUCAAGGAUCAUCCGACUAAGAUAGCUCGCAAGAAAUCUGAAAGGUUUUUGAAGAUGUGCGUGGACGAAAAAAAUGACAUUUUGUUUGAUUUUAUUCAAGCAUUGUUAGAAAGACCAUGUCAAUUUCUGCAGAUACUAGAAAUGAAAGUUCCGUCCGUCAUAAAAGCAAAUCAAGAGGCUCUGGAUCAUAUAAUCCACUGUCGGUCUGAUUCCAUUGAAUCUCGCGAGACUUACAUUAAGAUGAUGACAGACUUCGAGAAACUGCGAGAGAAGUUGAGAGAAUACGGGAUAGGGUACAUUUUUGUUGCAGAUUACAAUGUGAAUGAGCUUCGUGUGAAAGAUCACUCCUGUAAAACUGGUCAUAAAUCUUUCAAGUCAUCUGAUGUGGCAAGAACCGUCAGCUCUGCAACAAUUGUAAAAGAACCUGGAGAAGAACUAGAACGUGGUCUUUGGACUGGAUUUCAGAACGGAUACCAUAUGAAUAAGGAUGGAGAACAGCAUAGUAUUUUUAUCCGUGUGUACCUUCCAAGCUCAGGGGUGACUGAAGUGCACUCAGAGAUAGCUAGGUUGAGGUCCUUACAAAAUCAACAUGUUGCUGAAUUUCUCGGGAUUUCACAUUCGGAUGCACCGAUUCCAGCCCUUAUAUAUGACGGUCAUCUGACAUCUGUCAAUGAUUACCUUAAGCACAAUCCUUUAGAAAGAGAUGUGCAUGCCAAGAGGAUAAUUUAUGAAGUGGUUGAGGGAUUGAUCUACUUACAUGAAAGAGAUAUGGUUCAUAUGGAACUUACAUCUAAUACAGUUACAGUUUCAAGGGAGAAACUCGCGAAUGGAAAAGUAAAACUUAGCUGGGCUUGUCUACCUAGAAAAGCCAUGCUGCCACUCGACAAGGAACACGUUCAAGCUCAGGAGUUUGUGUACCUCUCUAAGGACGUCCUUAGAGGAGAGACAUACACGGCAAAAGAUGAUGUGUACUCCUUUGGCUUAUUUAUGUUUGAGUUAAAUUUAAUCCUUCGAGCUUUCGAGGUUCAAAGGUCGAUGAAGCUUUCGGAGUUCAUUCUUGGAGUUGACGCUACCUCUAUGUUGAAUCUCGAGCAAAGUUUGGUGAAGAUUGAUGAAAUGACCAAAGAUUUGAUUAUGCGCAGUUUGCACAAUAAUGCUGAAAUUAGACCAAGUAUUUCAGAUUUCUUAGUUAUUUUUUCGAUGGAUCACCAAAAGCAUGGCAGACGGAGAAUGCGAGGAAGUUCGUUCAAUUUCAGUCAAGAAACCUUACCAGAAUAG